AUGGCAAUGUUGCCGACUGAUUUUUUCACAAACGGUUCCGAGAGCCCUGAUGGGAUGGGGGAUGAUUCUCCCGAGUGUAUUCUCUGGGGCGAGAUCUUUCGCAUUGUGCUCUGCUCCCUGGUGAUGGUCUUUGGGUUGCCCGGCAACAGCCUCAUCCUGGGCGUCUACUGGGACAAGUUGCGCAAGACCAGCACCCACAUCCUGAUCAUGGGCCUGGCAUGGGCCGACCUCUUCACCUGCCUGUUCCUGACCCAUGAGGUGGUCUCCAGCUGCUUGAUAGCCACUUCGACGGAGUGGGGCACUGCCCUCCUGAUUCUCAAGUCAUUGAUGAUGGUCACUGUCUCCCUGUCCAUCGGAAUCACGGCCGUCAUUGCCUUGGACCGCUACGACUGCGUGUGCUGUUCAAACCGGCGUCGGGUGACCCCCCACCUGGCCAAGGUUGCCAUUCUCUGCUCGCUCAUCUUCAGUGCACUGAUCCAAAUCAUUUACGUCUUGCACGUCGUGAUUGACCCCUUGAGAAUCCAGAUGAAGCUCACCACCCUCGCUGCCCAGUUCAUCAUGUUUGUUGUCUCGGUGAUGCUCAUCCUUGUGUGCUACUUGAAAGUCUUCUCUGCAGUUCGGCGGCACGUCAAGGUGGGUGUGCAUACGUGGCCUCAUCACGCACAGAGCUCUGACCACACGCGGUCCAACCCUGUCCCAAACAUCUCAGAAUGGCAGGAAACAGUGACUGCUACACUGAACAGUAUCAGAAAGCUCACCCCACCCACCAAACUUAAAGCAAUUGCCCUGAAUCCGGCCUUGCAACAAGGAGCCACGUCUGUGGAAAGUACCACAUUUCUGGCACCCAAGAUUGCUACUCGCCCAACCAACUUGAAGGCCCCGACAAGGCUCCAGCAUACUGAGACCUCCAAGGACACAGAGAGAAACAUCCAGACUGGCCACUCAGACACAGCUCCGAAUCGUCAGAGAAUGUUUUUCUGGUGA